GCCACCCUGCGAGAAGUCCCAGCUCUCUGUGAAAGAACCCCUGUGUCCCUGGCUUGUCACAGAGUACGGGCUUUCUCAUCGGGCUCCUGGGGCUGGGAGCAGCUGAACAGGGAUGUGGUGUCCGUGAAGCCCAAGGCCCACAGCCGACAGUCACGGAUGAACUGCUACGUGGAGGUGGCGGGCGAUGGGCUGCCCAGCGAGACCAAGAAGACGGGAAAGCAGAUGGGGAGCUCUGAGCUGCUGUGGAAUGAGAUCCUCAUCUUGAACGUCACGGCUCAGAGUCACCUGGACCUGAAGGUGUGGAGCUGCCAUACGUUGAGAAACGAGCUGCUGGGCACCGCCUCCGUCAGCCUAUGGAACCUGCUCAAGAGUGGUGGGAAAUUGGAGAACAGGCAGCUGACCCUGAACCUGCAGACGGAGAACAAAGGCAGCGUUGUCUCCGGUGGAGAGCUGACGAUUUUCCUGGAUGGGCCGGCUGUUGAUCUGGGAAGCCUGCCGAAUGGCAGUGCUGUGACAGAGGGUGAGUGCCGCCCUGCUCCGCAUGCAUGCAGCGGCUCUGUGCACGAGGCGGAGAGGAGCGGGGCUGAGAGCACGGCUCCCAGCACCCCUGAGCAAACAGCUGAGUGCCGACAGCCACCUGCUCCCCCAGGGUCCCAGGUGCCUGGACGGGACCCUGGCAGCAUGACUGCAGCCACGGAGGGCAGACAUCAGUCUGCCACCACAAACUGCUUUGGGAGCAGAUCAAGGACACACCGCCUCGCUGCUGGGGCCUCCAGGCAGGGUGCGGGCAGCGGGGAGCAAAGUCCUAACGCACGGAGCCGGCACCGGCAGCUGCCCAAGAGCCCGACACCCAGCAGCAUGGCCAACGGCACUGCCAGCAGCACCGUGAACGGUGAUGUGGUGGGAGCUGCGGACGUGGAAGAGGAAAGGCCAGCUGCGGGGACAGCCACGCUGGCUGCAGCGACGUCGAGCCCAGCUGAGGGCUCUGUUGCUGCAUCCAUCCUUCCUGCCCUGCCUGGCUCCACUGAAGCUGAGGAGGGAGCACCCAGCACCCCGCAGGCACAGACAGCAGUGCAGGCUCAGGACUCUCUGCCUCCCGGGUGGGAGCAGCGGGAGCUGCCAAAUGGUAGAGUCUACUAUGUAGACCACAACAACAAGACCACCACGUGGGAACGACCGCUCCCGCCGGGGUGGGAAAAGCGUGUGGACCCCAGGGGCCGCUAUUACUACGUGGACCACAACACCCGCACCACCACGUGGCAGCGCCCCACAGCCGAGUACGUCCGCAACUAUGAGCAGUGGCAGUCCCAGCGCAGCCAGCUGCAGGGAGCCAUGCAGCAGUUCAGCCAAAGAUUCCUGUACCAGGUGAGAGCCGGGGGCUGGCUGGCAGCAGGAGGCCGUGUGCCCGGGGUGUCCGUGGCGUGGGCAUUGCUGCCCACACAGCUGGGCGGUCUCUUCAGGCCUUGUGGAGAGAGCUGGAGGGGGCAGAGGAGGGGGCUCCCGCUGAGGCUCGGCUGUGAUCUGGCACUGGCUUCUCUGGCAGGCGCCUUUGGAGCCGCUCCAGUGCUGUGCGAGUCACCCUGGCUGUGUUCUGUGAAGUGCAGAGGGAGGGACUCGCGCUCCAAAUUUAGCCUGAUGAAACGAUUGUACUUCUCAUUUUGAGCUUUCUGCUGUGAGCAGCGAUGGCUCCUGCUCUGCCUUUCUCUCCACUGGGACUCUGUGCUUUGCUUUGCCCUCUUGGUCCCAGCGGUGGCUGCCUCCCCUCCUGGUGGCGCAGAGCCCCCUCUGGGCCGUGCUGCAGCAGGGUCCCUCCACAGCAGGCUGCGUGGGAGCAGCACUGCGUGCACCGAGGGGUCUCAUGGCAC